UGCAACCUUAUGUUACCUGCAAGUGUGUCAGAGUUACGGAACUAGUCGGGUUUUUUGCAAGUAUCUGGAUUAAUAUCAUUAAUAGAUUGUUUUGUGGGGAGCAAAGAUGGCUGUAUUAUGGCUGGUAAUGCACUAUGAGGCUUUGGCUUCAAUACUGAUUGCGCAUAUCUUGGUUACUUCUGCGUCUGUCGGAACUCACUCGCUGCGGUAUUGUUUCACUGCCACUUCAACAGAGAAAUGGUUUCAAGAAUCUGUUUUGAUUGGCAUGGUGAAUGAUGAGCAGCUUGAAUACUACGACAGGGGUAGGAAACAGGUGGUCCUGCGAACGAACUGUAUGAACAAGUCUGAGAGUCAGCAGGACUGGACAAGACAUAAUAUGCACGCUGAAGAGCAAUAUGAGUGGAUGAAAAUUUCUUUAAUAAAUAUGAUGUUUCAAUUUAAACAUACCAGAGGGAUUCACGUUUUACAGCGGAUGAUCAGCUGUGAGCUUGAUGAGGAUGGCACUGCAAGGAGGUAUAUGCAGGAUGUAUAUGAUGGGAAAAAUUAUAUCACUUUUGAUGACGAGACAGAAACCUGGACAGCUUCCUUGCCACAGGCUUUGUACCAUAAGAGGAAAUGGGAAGCUGAUCCAAACUGGAAAGCAUACAUACUGCACCUUUUUCAACAGGAGUGUAUUGACUGGCUGAAAAAAUACACCCUACGUGCGAAGAAGAUGCUGGAGAGGAAAGUUCCCCCUGAAGUGAGGCUGUUGCAGAAGAAAUCUCAUCCACAUGCAGGGUCAGAGGUCAUCUGUCAUGUGACUGGGUUCUACCCUCGAGAUGUCAAUGUGUCCUGGCUGAGAGACGGGCAGGGUCCCCUGGAGGAGGGGGUAUGGAGUGGGGAGGUGCUGCCCAACAUGGACGGGACCUACCAGGUUAGAAAGACCCUGACCGUGAGCCCGGAAGAGCAGGCGAGACACAGAUACACCUGCCAGGUGGAACACGCCAGUCUGGGGGAGAAGAUAAAGAAGGAGUGGGGGACUGGUUCACACACUGGGAUUAUCUUUGGAGUUGUGGUGUCUGCACUGCUCCUGAUCACUGUGGUCAUCGCUGGAGUUGUGAUCUUUAAGAUGAGACAAGCAGGUGCCAAGACCCUGGACUAUAAAGCAGCUCAAACAACUGAAAGUGAUGCGUCUUCCAGAUCAUCCAGUAAUUCCUAAGUUGCUGUGGUGCUGACUGCAGAGAGAGUGAAGACACAACACAACUGAGUUUCCGCUUUAACAAGAGGCUGCCCAUCACUAUUGCAAUGCAUUUGUUCUUAAUAAUAUCAUAUUGUAACUGGACAACUCCACAAACAUGGGGCCCUGUUCACAAAAGUCAUGUAGACAAUUUUAGAAGUUCACAUUUAUUCAAAUGUAAUCCUAGUCUGACUUUCUAGAUAUCACAUUGCUAUUUUACUUCAUCUGAAUCAAAUUGGCUUUUGAAAAUAGGUCAUGCAGUUUAAUAUAAUUUUAUUUACUUAGAAGUGUAUGUAUCUACACUGGGCUUAAGGGUUAAAGGCACUGUCUGAGGGCAUUGUAGUUAUUGGAGCAGUGGAGUUAUCUGUAGCAUUAAAAAUGUUCUUCACUAUUUUGUCCACCUAGGGUUUGAUGUACAUUGUGGUUGACGUGAACAGCAGUGUAUAGAAUGGUAAUCAGAUGGUCUGAUCUCUAGAGUUAUUGUACAAUCCAGGGGUAACCCUACAACGCUACUGUUACCUGGAAGAGAUGUGUGCUGGAGACAUGCGCAUGUACGGCAUUGGAAAGGGGGAACCAAGACGGUUGUCGUAUUCUUGUAAAUUCGAAACUGUUUUCAGUCUUUUAUGAAGCUUGAAUUGUUUUAAAUGUAAAUGCUUAAUUUUUUUUAUUAUUAUUAUUACUUUUUAAAUGUUUAUAAAAAAUAUAUCAAUUUGAGUGAUGCAUUAGUAUAUUAAGGUGCAAGGAUAUUUGUGUAAUUGU